UAUCUCCUUUUCCGGCUGACUGCAUCUGCCGGCUGCCGUCGGCUUAGCACGAUAAUGGCGUUGGAUUCGUCCACGUCUGUACUGAAUUCUCUGUUGGAGAAGCUUAGGCUCGAUGAUCCAUGGGUUCCACCUAGAUCCUGGGACUCCAUUUCUUCUCAAGGCGGCGCGUCCUCACACCCUCCCCCUCCCUCUUCCGCUGCUCUAUAUGCUACAUCUACUGUCUCUGAGCCUAGUCUGGUGAGAUUGGCCAUGAAUGCACUCCAAGGUGUGGAAUCAGCCUUGAUAUCUAUCGAAAAGCUCUCAGCGUUACUUUGUUGCAGUUCAGCGGAUAGAACAUCUCAUCGAAAUCCCAGUUUGUGGAGUCGCUCUUCAAGUACUGUCGCUAUAGGGAAUAUACUUAUUUCCAUUGGCCAGUUUGGCUGCAUGAUUUUCCUCCUCCGUAGAUUUGUCGAUUACUUUACAAAUCCAGAUUUUGAUGGAGUGAGAGACCUUAAGGAAAAGCCAAAUACUGAUUCUGGUGAAGAAGGAAACUCCAUCUUGCAUGGUUUCACUUUGAUCAACCAGGCAUUUGCAAUUUCUGUGGGAAAGGUCAUAGAUGGUUAUAUAUCUGCACUAAACACAUUGUCUGCAUCUGUUAGUUUAAGGCGUUUUUUAAAGACUAAGGAUGGCGGAUGUCUUACUAACAUUGGGCAUUCAGAAAUGACACUCUUGGAGGUUUACCUUCACACAGCAGAAUUGAGAACUCAGAUGGAAGCCCUGGGAAAUCUCUGCAAUGUUGAUCAUCUAACUGAUAAUUUUCCAGUUUCUUCACUGGAAGUUUUAAGGGCUAAAUCAAACUCAGAGUUUAGUGCCUUCCCAAGAAGUGGUGCUUUACUCUCAUUUCUAUAUAUUCAGUUAAAGGUUGCUGAUCCUGGCCAUUGUCCCCUCCUCAAGUUCCUCUUUCUCCAGUCAUAUGAACCAUAUUGCGAAUUCAUAAGGUCAUGGAUAUAUGAUGGCUCAAUUAGUGACCCUUACAAUGAAUUUGUUGUGGAAUGUGCAAGUAAUGCAUCUGGUGGCUCUAGCUCGCCUUUGCCCACAAUAAGGGUGAGAGAUGAAGUUGCCGUGCCCUGUUUUCUCCAGGAGUGCCUUAUUCCACUUUGUAGAACUGGUCAACAGCUUCAGGUGAUAAUGAAGUUGCUUGAUCUGUCUAAUGAUGUUGGUACAUGCUUUUGCCAUGAAAAGAUCCUGCCCAGAUUGGUUGGUUUGGCAAAUGAAUAUCCUGGGUCAUUUCCACUUAUAUUUGACAAAGAAGCUAUUGAAGAAAUGGUACAUGUGAGAGCCAGUUAUCAUCAACAACUGCUGGAAAAGGUUGACAGCAUCUUAGAUAAACUUGAUUUUAGUUCUCGACAGACUGCUCACCUAGGUGUUUCACCAAGUCUUGCGAAUAAUCUUAAGAACCAGAACCACCAAGCAUAUUCUGCAAUAGAAGAAAGCUCAAUAUCAUCUAUAAGUGAUAAAAAGAAUCAAAAUAUGCAUGGUGUCAUGGUGGAUACUGAAGUACCAAGCAUCAACCAUGAGUGCUCUCAUGAUGAUGAUCUAUUAGAAUCAUCUGAGUGCUCAUCUUCUUAUGAAAGCUCCGAGGAGCAAGAUGAGGCAGAACCGUCGAUUUCUUUAUCCUACACUCCAGACACAAGUUAUUUAUCAGCUCUGGAUUUCUCCUCAACGUUAUCCACAAACAACAGAAUACAAACUCUUGAAAACCAGGUAUCAAGUAGGGAAUAUGAUAAUUGCCAGUUUGAUGGGCACCACAUCGACAGGGUUGAACAUGAUCAGUUGCAUUCCCCUGAUUGCGGAUCGGAGCUAAGCAUGGAAAACCACGGAUGGCUAAACACUGACUUUGAUUUCUCCGAGGUCUCAAUCAACAACACUGCUGCAAGCAAAGAUCAGCAUCCACUCAUAACAAAGGCAUCUUCGAAAACUACUAGUUUGCAACUUUCAAAGCUGAAAUACGAUUCUACAUUUUUCAGUAUGAACCCAAUACUGAACAGAUGUUCUUUCUUCAGUCCGAGGUCUAUCCUUGGAGAAUGGGGCCAUGAAAAUUAUACAAGUAUAGAUUUUGAUUUUACUUCUGUGAAAGUUCCAGUCGACACAUAUGCUGUCAAAUUAGCGAGUGCCACUAAAAUUGGCAAUGAGGUUCGGGAUAUAAAUAAGACUCAUGUUUCUACAAUAUAUACUAGAAAUCACCUUGAUGUAGAAUGCCACAAUGGCAAUAUCGUUGGCGAUAAAGUAAAGUUGUCUACUGUUGGUUUGUCUCUGCCUCUGCACAAUUGCGGAAAUGAGGAAAAUCUAUCGUCCCCAAAUGUUUCUGGAGGCAGUGCUUGGGAGAGCUUGCUUGGUAGAUCUCGAAAUACUGGAAACAGAUCCAAUAGUGAUCGCAAGAUGAAAUUGGUGACUGGAGCUGACAUGCCGUUGGAUUUUGUGAUAAAAAAAUGCGUUUUGGAUGAGAUUUCGCUUCAAUAUACGUAUAUAAGCAGGCUUACAAUCAAGAUGCUCAUAGAAGGUUUCAAAUUGCAAGAACAUUUACAGUCAUUGCGGUGUUAUCAUUUCAUGGAGCUGGCUGACUGGGCGGAUCUGUUUAUCAUGUCUCUACGGAAUUGUAAAUGGCAUGUUGAUGAGGUUGAUAAAAGGAUUCCAGAGAUUCAAGGGAUUCUUGAGCAGGCACUUCGAAGGUCUUCAUGUGAAAAAGAUCCUAAUAAGAAUCGGCUAUACGUGUACCUGAAAGGAGAUGGCAUCAGAUAUCUAUCACCUUCUGCCAUUGGUAUUCGCUCCUUCGAUUAUUUGGGACUGGGAUACCAAAUUGAUUGGCCAGUCAGUAUAAUUCUGACUCCCGCAGCAUUGAAAUUAUACUCUGAUAUAUUUAACUUUUUGAUACAAGUCAAGCUUGCUGUUUUUGCGCUGAGUGAUGUAUGGUGCUUACUGAAGGGUUAUGACUUCAAGCAGCAAACAGCCAGAUCACAACAGUUCUCAGAGUUAACUGAAACAAGGCACAAGAUUAACCAUUUUGUGUCUACAUUGCAACAAUAUGUACUGUCACAGUUAUCCCAAGUCUCUUGGUUUAGGUUUAUACAUUCUCUUAAGCACAAGGUUAAAGACAUGUUGGAUCUGGAAUCAGUGCAUAUGGGGUAUUUGACUGAGUCAAUGCACAUAUGCUUCUUAUCCAAUGAAACACAAUCCAUUGCUGGCAUUAUCCAGAACAUUUUGCAAUGUGCAAUGGAUUUCCGGUCAUGUUUGGCUGCAAUUAAUGUGGGAGCUGCAGCUGAUGACGAAAAAUUUCCCAACAAAUUUUCCCAGAUCGACAUCUCACAGGUUCAAGUCAUAAGAAGAUCAUUCACCAAGAGUCUUGAAGAUCUAUACUUAAUCUAUCUACAGUCACCUAAACACGGUGAAUUCAGUAUCUCUCAUUUCUGGGAUCUUCUUGAUUCUAAUGAGUAUUAUGCAGGGGUCAUGAAUAAGAGAAUGGGGCCUUGUAUCUUUUAUUCAUAGAUCUAGUGGUUGCAUGAUUUUAUGUGUUUUCUGAUGCACAAUCUGUUAAAUUUGUUGUUUCUCAUUGUAAUAGGUAUGCAAUGGUAUCUUUAUGGUGUACAUAAUUACAUAUGAUGUGUCUAUUGUUUCGAGUUGUUUCUUAUGUACAUGACAAUUUUACAGAGUUUGAUUUAAGCAUC